AUGGAUUCGUCUGGAAUGGGUUCAAAUUCAGUAUGGUUACAGCAGAACGUAAGGAAUGAACCACUAGUAUCAUUUGACACUUCUCAUGAAACAUUUAGUAAUCAACACAAUGAUAAAGCUUUGAGAAAACGUAAAUUCUUCUCAACUGAGCUAGAAGAUAGGCAAGUGAUUGUACCGUCAAACAAAAUCUUUGUGACGGAAGAGAAAAUAGAAAAAGAACUUGAAACGAUCCCAUUAAAACUGUCGAAUAACACUACUAGCGUAAACAAUUCUCUGGCGGCACCGUUAACUGAAAUGAACAAUCAAAACGGACAAUCGCCAAUUAUUAAUGAAUUAGGAGAAGAUAAUGAUGAAUUUAGUACUCAAACAGACUCGCCUGAUCUUGCUAGAAAAUCAGUUACGGUGAUAGAUGAUGAAGAUGAUAAUGAUGAGCGAGCAACGGUAGAUGAUAUACAACGAUUAGAAUUACAUCAGUUUAUCAAGGACAGUUGGAAAAAAAAUGGGGGUUUUGUUAAUACAGAAGAAACGAGUUUAUUAAAUCGAUUAUUUGAAAUGGAAAGAAAAAAAUUAUCAAUGCAAUUGGUGCCAUAUAUGCCUGUGAUACCAUCGAAUGUGAAAAAUAAUAACGUAGCACAAUCUAACACAUCUGUUAAUUUUGAAAAACAAGUUGUCGAUGACAAGGAUAAUUCAACAACGAUUAUCAAUAAUGAACAUCAAUUAAAUAAUAACGAAAAUAUAGAUCAUAGUCAUUUAUUUAAAAAACCAUUUUCUCUUAACCUACCACCAUUACCUGAUGUUUAUACCGUCGAAGAACCGCCAGAAAUUGACGAAAUAAUACAAGGAACAAUGAAAAGGAGUUAUUCUCAAUCGGCAAACGAUAGUAAUAAUUUGUCAAUUGUUGAGAUUAAAGACGAUAUGCCGUCAAAAUUAUUUUGUAAUACAUCCACUAAUGGUUAUAUAGGCCAAGAAUCACAACCACUCCAUUUUAUUAGUGAGCCACCAACAUUAAGAACAAGUGUAGCGACUACACAUACACAAUUCAAUAUAACCAGAGUUCGUGAUUGUUUUGUCAAUUGUAUACAAGCAGAUGGUUCAUUAUUAAUUAAUGAAUAUAAAAAUGCCUAUGAAGAAUUAUGCACCUUUGUGUCAUCACUUGGUGUUGUGUUUGAUUUUGCCACAAAAGAUUUACGUAAUAAAUUACUCAUAUUAGAGGAACAUUUGAAGAUAGAUCCGACAAAUUAUGAAACAAUUCAGAAAAUGGUUGAUUAUGAAGUGAGAACAGGACGAUGUAGAACAAAAGAACUGUUGACAAAAAUGGAAGCUGGUAAACCAUUACCCAAUGGUUGUCGAACAUUAUUACGUUUACAUCGUGCAUUAGGAUUUAUAAAAUUAUUUUUGAGUGAAAUGCGUCUGGCACCGACCGACGCGAGUAGUGCUAAAAUAGCUUGGAAUGCGUAUACAAGCACAUUGGGUCGUUAUCAUGCAUGGAUUAUUCAACAGACAAUACAUGCUGCAAUAAAAUUAACUAUACCUACUCGAGAACAAUUAAUAGAAAAAAUGAUUUGUAAUCGAAGUGCGGAAGAAUUAGAUGCAAUAGCUAGGGAUUUGGUUGAAGCAUGUAAUAAAAUUGAACAAACGACGCAAGAUUUAUAUGAAAAAAACAAUUUGUUAAAUUUAACUUAG